AUGGCUGCCUCAGAGGUUCCGACGACGUCCGUGGAUGCGAUUAGGUUUGGCUUCUUCACCGACGAAGAGGUUCGGAAGCACAGCUUUGUGAAGGUUACCAGCCCAAUUUUGUUCGAUGACUCAACACACACGCCCGUGAAUGGUGGGCUUUACGACAAGGCGAUGGGCCCACUCGGGGAUGAACGCGGCCAACUUUGCCAAACGUGUGGUCAGACAGAAUAUACGUGCUCGGGUCAUUGUGGUCAUAUUGACCUUGUUUUGCCAGCUUAUAAUCCCUUGCUGUUCAACAUUCUCCACAAACUUCUACAAAGAACCUGUUUCUUCUGCUACCAUUUCCGGACAAGCCGACAACAUGUUGAGAAACAUGUUUCCCAAUUGAAACUCAUAAUGAAAGGUGAUGUUCUUGGGGCUAAAAGGUUAGAGUCUGACUCACCUAGUGAAUACUCAGACUGCAACGGGAGUGGUAAUCACAUAGACAAUGAUUCGAAGCAGCAAGGAUGGACUUCUCUUCAGUUUACAGAGAUAAUGUCUGUUUUGGAUAAGGCUUUGCCGACACAUGGGAAAGAGUGCAAGAAUUGCAAGGCUAAAAAUCCCAAAAUCAGUAAACCUACUUUUGGAUGGUUCCAAAUGAGUGGCAAUGACCAUGCGAGAGAAAAUGUCCUCAGAGGGUGCAACCUGGAGGGACCCUUGACUGGUCAAGAUGAAGAGGCAUCUAUGCUUGAGGAUGAGAAUUUUAACAGUGUUGCCACAAGAAUGCAAAAAGGACAAGGGAGCAAAGUGCUCAGUGAGUUCUUUAAGCAGAAAAAUUCCUUGUUGGGAGAUCUAUUUCCAACAGAGGUUAAAGAAAUUAUUAGGCUUCUGUGGGAAAAUGAAUCUCAACUCUGCUCUUUUAUAAGUGAUAUCCAGUGCCAAGAAACUGGAACAAAUGGAGGUCACUCUAUGUUUUUCUUGGAGACUGUUCUUGUACCACCAAUCAAAUUCCGUCCUCCAUCCAAGGGUGGUGAUUCUGUGAUGGAGCAUCCUCAAACCGUCUUAUUAAGUAAGGUGCUGGAGGCAAAUGUUUCUUUGAGCCAAACUCUUACCAACUUAGAGCACUCAAGGACAAUUCGACGGUGGAGGGAUCUUCAAGAGAGUAUAAAUGUGAUGUUCAAUAGCAAAACUGCUGCUGGUCAAGGUCAAAGAGAUGCGGCUCCCGGAAUAUGUCAGUUGCUUGAGAAGAAGGAAGGCCUGUUCCGGCAGAAAAUGAUGGGCAAAAGGGUAAAUUUUGCGUGCCGGUCUGUCAUAUCUCCAGAUCCCUACUUAGCUGUUAAUGAGAUUGGGAUUCCUCCAUACUUUGCAACGAGAUUAACAUAUCCUGAGAGAGUUACUCCGUGGAAUGUUGACAAGCUGAGGAAUGCUAUUGUCAACGGUUCUGAAAUCCAUCCUGGAGCUACACAAUAUGUUGAUAAAUCUGGUCCCAAGAUUUUGAGGCAAAACAGGAGAGAACGCAUUUCAAUAUCAAGAAAAUUACCUUCUUCGAAAGGGGCUGUCAUGCAACAUGGGAAGGGCUCUGAUAAUGACAUUGAAAGUAAAAUAGUGCAUCGUCACUUGCGAGAUGGGGACAUUGUGCUUGUCAAUCGACAGCCUACACUUCACAAACCCAGUAUAAUGGCUCAUGUAGUUCGUGUAUUGAAGGGGGAGAAAACAAUUCGCAUGCACUAUGCUAAUUGCAGUACUUUCAAUGCUGAUUUUGAUGGUGAUGAGAUGAAUGUUCAUUUUCCGCAAGAUGAAAUUUCCCGUUCGGAAGCUUACAAUAUCGUAAAUGCAAAUAAUCAGUACGUAAAGCCAACCAGUGGAGAUCCCAUUAGAGCCUUGAUUCAGGAUCAUGUUAUAAGUGCUGUCCUCCUUACAAAGAAGGAUACAUUUUUACGUUGGGAUCAAUUUAAUCAGCUUCUUUACAGUUCUUGUGUUUCAGCCGGUGUGUCAGAUGCUUUCUCUGGUAAACCAGAUAAAAAAGUUUUCAUGUUUAACUCUGAAGGCACAAUGCAGCCCCUUCUUCCUGCAAUUUGGAAACCAGAGCCCCUUUGGACAGGAAAGCAGGUCAUCACUGCCUUGCUAAAUCAUAUUACUAGAGGUUCUCCGCCAGUUACUGUUGAAAGAGAUGCAAAAAUCCCACGUGGUUUUUUUAAUUGUAAAAAUGUUGAAGGAGAAGAUACAUCUGGUAAAGAUGGACAACAAAAAAAGAGGAAACCAAGCAAAGAACAAGCAACUGAUAAAGAUAGCUCAAAGGAAAAAGAGGAGCCUGAUGAGAACCAUUUAUUAAUAUAUAGAAACAACUUAGUGCGCGGUGUGAUUGACAAGGCUCAGUUUGGUGAUUAUGGUUUGGUCCAUACAGUUCAGGAGUUCUAUGGCUCAGAUACUGCAGGAAAAUUGCUUUCUGUAUUGAGUCAUUUAUUUACCGUGUAUUUGCAGAUGCAUGGGUUCACGUGUGGGAUUGAUGAUCUUUUGCUAUUGGAAAGCAAAGACGCAAAAAUGAAGGAUCAACUAGAAAGUUGUGAAGAUGUGGGUGAAAAUGUUUACCGUGAUUUUAUCGAGGUCAAAGAUGUUAAGAGAAAAGAUCCAGUGGAACUGCAAUUAAACAUCGAAAAUUUUAUUCGGAGUAAUGGAGAAUCUGCCUUGGCAUCCUUGGAUAGGAGAAUGAUUAGUCAGCUUAAUAACAAGACCUCCAACUCUGAUGUGUUCAAACAAUUAUUGUUGAGGGGGUUAUCAAAACCAUCAGUUAAAAAUUGUAUCUAUCUUAUGACAACAUCUGGGGCUAAAGGUAGUGUGGCUAAUCUCCAACAAAUAACUUCAUAUUUGGGUCAGCAAGAGCUAGAAGGCAAACGGGUCCCUCAAAUGAUUUCUGGAAAGACCUUACCGUGCUUUCCCCCAUGGGAUUGGUCAUCUCGAGCAGGAGGCUUUAUCAUUGAUCGUUUUCUUACUGGUCUUCAUCCUCAGGAGUACUAUUUCCAUUGCAUGGCUGGCCGUGAAGGGUUAGUUGAUACAGCUGUCAAAACAUCUCGUAGUGGAUACUUGCAAAGAUGCAUAAUAAAAAAUCUUGAGUGCCUAAAAGUUUCUUAUGACAAUACCGUCCGUGAUGCUGAUGGUUCCAUUAUUCAAUUUCGUUAUGGAGAAGAUGGCAUUGAUGUCCAUAUGACGAGCUUUAUUCAAAAGUUUGAAUCCCUGAUAGCUAAUAAAGAAAUGUUUCACAAGAAAGGUCGUCGUCAAAUGGAUAAAUUAAAUCCUUAUAUUAAAGACUUGCCUUUGGCUCUCAAAGAAAAAGCAGAGAAGUUUGUGCAUAAUUUGGCCUCGAAAGAGAAAGAUCAUAACUUCCAAGAGGAUUUCUUGAAGUUAAUGGAGCACAAAUACCUAUGUAGUCUUGCUCAACCUGGAGAACCAGUUGGUGUUCUUGCCGGUCAGUCUGUAGGAGAACCGUCUACACAGAUGACACUGAAUACUUUCCAUCUUGCGGGACGAGGUGAAAUGAAUGUGACCCUUGGAAUCCCACGUCUCCAAGAGAUCUUGAUGACUGCUGCAAAUGAUAUUAAGACGCCGGUUAUGACAUGCCCAUUGCAAAAGGGGAGAUCGAAGGAGGAAGCUCAGGAGCUAGCUGAUAAGUUGAAGAAGAUCACUGUGGCAGACAUAAUCGAGAGUAUGAAAGUAACCUUUGUGCCAUUUUUCAUUCAGGAUGGUCAAACUUGCCGUAUUUAUAAGCUUGAGAUGACACUCCAUGUACCUGAACAUCUUCGAACCAUCAUUGAAUAUUCAUCAGAAGAUUGGGAGGAAAUCCUAGAGAUUGUGUUUGUUAGGGAGUUGGAAGACGCCAUACAAAAUCAUAUUCUUUUGCUUUCUAAAAUUAGUGAUCUCAACGUGAGGAAGAAGAUGAUGACAAUGGUGGUGCAGAUGAUGGUGAACAUGGGUGAAGGGGUUGAGGAUUUUGGUCUGGAUGCCCAUAAGCGAAAGCUACAAGCUACAGAUGAGAUGGAUUAUGAAGAUGGCUGUGAUGAUGAAGUGAGAGAAGCAGACUUGUCAGAUGGAGAUGAAAGUGAAAUUGAUGAGGAGGAAAAUGAAGUUGAAAUUGGUAAGGAUGGGUGA